AUGCACACCGAGGAGGAGGCCCUGGGUACAAGGCUGGUGAUGGACACGCUGUCCUGCCUCAUAGAGAAGGAGCAGGAUCCCUCAAAGCUCAUAGCCAUGUCGCCGGGCAAGCUGGUGCGCCAGCUGGUCAAGAAUGGGGAGCACGUGGCCAAGGGCCAGGCAUACGCCGAGGUUGAGGUCAUGAAGAUGAUGAUGCCGCUGCUGUCCCCCGCGGCCGGGGCCAUCGCCUUCAGCGCGUCAGAGGGCCAGCCCCUGCUGGCGGGGGAGCUCAUCGCAACACUCGACCUGGACGACCCCAACGCCGUGACGCGCGCCGUGGAGUUCACGGGCAGCUUCCCCGAGCUGGGCUACGAGCACCCCGUGGCUGAGACCCUUGACGAGCUGGUGGCGUGCCUGGACCACCCCGCACUGCCCCUGCUGCAGUGGAUCGAGGAGUACUCCUUCGUGGAGGGCAGGCUGCCCCAGGCCAUCACUGAGAAGCUGAACGACGCCAUCACACAGCACGAGCUGGAGCUGUCCAGUGGCCUGGAGCUGGACAAGCCCCCGGCAGAGUUCCCUGGGAGGCAGCUCAUGAGGGUGCUGCGCGAGGCCGUCGCGGCGCGCCCGCCCGCCUCCUGA